AUGGAGUGCUGCACCAAAAUUCCGGAAACGGUGGACCGGGAGCUCGACGAGAACGGGGCGUACCUUGAGAGGACCGCCAAGACGGUUAAGGGUUUUGAGAAGAACAUUGCCGAAACCAUCAACCUCUUCCAAGCGCUGAUGGGCUCGUUCGAGAGGGUGGCAAACGCCUUCACGGAGCUCGCCGAUGGAACCGACAGCCAGACCGUCCAACUCACCCGGGGCUUUGCGGGGGGAAUGAAGAAGCUGCGGGAUGGGCGAGCGAUGUCGUCAUUGCAGAUGGAUGUGACACAGUAUGUGAAGGAAGGCAUCCCGCCUAUUUUGGUGGAACAUGAGAAGGUUUACAAGAUGUACAAGCACCUGAAGGAGCUGAAAAGGAAGGAGGACACGUACCGCUACAAGAUUGGUCAAACGGAGAGAGAAUACGCAAAAAAGAACCGCGCCCUUGCCGAAAGCCCGUCAUAUAUCAAGUUGGGUAAGGGUCGUGACAAGGCGGGCCUUAAAUAUCAGGAAAAAAAGCAAGAAUUUGAUGCAGCCAUCGGCAACUUCAAGCUUCUCGUUUCAAAUUUUCUGAUGACCUCCUUGCCCGGAUACGCCGCAUGCACCAGCGGAUUCUCGAAGCACUUGGGCCAGGAAAUGGAAGCCUACUCGUCGGGCGAGGCGCUGCGCACCGCAAGGAGUGGGAGCACCUCUAACCAGACGCAGCACAGACUCUCAACGAAGUCUGUCGAGAGCGGCAAAUCAAAACGAGGAUCGGAUGCCGCGAAAAAUCCGCUCACGCUAGAGCAGCAGUAUUACAGCUCGUCAGAACAGACGGGCCAUAAAUAA